AAAGACGUCUGCAAAUUUUGGUGGACGCGCCCGCGGUGGAGCCCAUACGGUCUGCCCGCUACUGGACGCUACAUAUUUUGGCUGGGCGUGGGCGCCCUAGCUGCUCAGCACGGCUCAAUCAUGCAGGAACUGGUGCAGCAAGCUUCAGAAUGGUUCAAAGCGCAGGGAGGCCACUUUUGUCAUCUACAUUCAGAGCUGAAAAGGCUCCCAAAUGGCAAGGCCUCGCUUCACAGGGCGUCAGGCUAGAGCUUAGCCAUGGACUGCGCACUUUGCUUUUGAAUCUGAAACAGGACAACUCUGCGUGCUCGUCUUCCGUUUGCCGUGCUGGCAACCUUGGUUUGCGUCCAGCUUUGGCGCGGCGGGAGCUGUCAAAAGCUAGCGGCUUAGGGGCAUGGGGUUCUAAUCUAGGAGCUUUGAAGUCCAGUUCAGAAAGUUUAGCUUCCAAGUACUUGGCAGGGAGGGACUGGAGGAUGGCGGCAGUAAUCGCUCCUGAAGUUGGGAGUCAACAAGGGCCAUCGAGGCCGUCUAAGUCAUCUGAGGUGCCGCUCCUGCCUACACACCUGGUGGUCCUAAUCAACGGAAUUCUGAGCAGCGCUCAAGACUGGAAGUAUGCCAAAGAGGAGCUUUCCAAACGCCUUGGGAAGAAUGUCUAUGUGUAUGCGAGUAUGUCCAACAGCUGGUUCAACACCCUACAUGGGAUCGAUGUUGCAGGAAGGAGGCUGGCAGAGGAGAUCCGAGGAGUUGUGCGCUCACAUCCCAGCCUUGUCCGUAUCUCAUUCGUUGCGCACUCUCUGGGGGGCCUGAUUGCGCGCUACGCAGUCUCGGUCCUCUACACUUCGCUUCCCCCCCACCAUCCCGUCCUGAUUGCCUCCAAAGCCGCACAGAGCAACGGGAGCCCACCGAAAACUGCACAGACGAAUGGGAGUUCACGAGAAAUAGCACAGACCAAUGGGAGCCAACCAGAAGUGCAAUUUUCCAGUGGGAGCCCACCUGAAAUUGCAGAAUCAAACGGGAGCCUACCGAACAGAGAAAAGCUGAGCAGGCCCGUCGAGUUGCCGACCAUUGCUGGCCUCGAACCGGUGGCGUUCGUCACGCUCGCGUCUCCGCACCUGGGCGUGCGAGGAAACAAGCAGCUCCCGUUCCUACUUGGGUUGAAGCCGCUCGAGACGUUAGCGGCCCCGAUCGCGCCCCUGGUCGUUGGCCGGACGGGCCGGCAACUUUUCCUGACGGACGGCAACAGCCGGCGCCCGCCGCUGCUGCUCAAGAUGAGCCGCGACUGCCGAGAAGGGCCGUUCGUCUCGUCUCUGCGCUGCUUCCAGUUGCGGGUGCUGUACGCCAACGCGGGGUAUGACCACAUGGUGGGCUGGCGAACGUCGUGCAUACGAAGAGAGAGAGAGUUGCCAAAGUUGCCGUCUAGACCAGUGGACAAGCGGUACCGCCACGUGGUGUCAAUCGAGAACUGCCCGGAGGUGCCGCUCGCGAGCGCGAGCGUGCUCGACGCCCCCUCCAGUGCGGGGCCAAUGGGCGCCGGCGAGAUCAACUUUCGGCAGUGGCGGGGGAUCGGCGACACGCACGACUUGCUGGAAGAGGAGAUGGUGGCUGGGCUGCAACAAGUGGCGUGGCGGCGAGUGGACGUCAGCUUCACGGGGGCUCUCUUUCCGUUCAUGGCACAUCACAGCAUACAGGUGAAGCACAAGGUGCUGCAUUGGGAGGGGGCGGGAGUCAUCGCCCAUCUCGCGGACACGUUGCGGAGCUUAGAGGAAGGUCACGCCGCCGUGUUUCUGGAGGCCAAGCUAUGACCGUCGAUUGACGGAUAUCCUGUGGACCAUGAUCUCAAGAGACGUUACUAUUGAUUGUUUUACGAGCCGUUUUCCCCUCCGAAACGAUAUUCUACGUUCACUUGCUGUACGGGCGUUAAACUAGAAGGUGCAUCUGAUUGGACUACCGAGCGGAUUAUUUUGAAACGUUGGUCGAAGUGCGUCACUCAAUCACCGUCUGUGGACAUAAUCUGCCAAAUCAAUCAUGACGAGUAUUGAAGUCGGCCUUCAGUAUACAGAUCUGGC